AUGAAGAGGUCAAAACCGGCCACCGGGUAACUCGACACACAGUACAGCAUCAAUGGCAGAUGAGUGGACGCCAAAAUUAUCCACUAUCCCUACUUUUUCGCCGUCCCACUUUUGCCCCUCGUGUCCACAUACCUCAAAUUAUUAUUUUUUCUAUCUAAUUUUUUAUAAGAAAAAUCAGCUCAAACAGUAGACAAAAUCUUCAAUAAAAUAUACAGAUUUCUCUUCAGUUGGAUUUUUCCAAUAACCCCAUCAUCUUCACAGAUUCACAGAGAGAGAGAGAGAGAAAGGAGAGAGAGAGGCAAAGGUCACUCUCACUACCAAACAGUACAACUGAAAAGAAAGAGGGUAAGCGAGCAAAAGGGUAAAAAAAUAUUAACCCCAAGCCUUUUAACCGAGGUGGGUUUGGUGUUAUUUGCUCUACUCUAAGCCCACUGUGCCCUAAAGAUUGAAUCUUUUGGAGUUAAUUUCACCUGGAUUAGAGUUCCAGAUUACCAACAAUGGGGGCUGCGCAGUGUAGCGACGGUCUGUUGAGGGGGAAAAUGCAAGUGGUUUUCUUCUUGGUUUUUGUAUGGUGUCUGGUCUCGCUAUCAUGCGCCGGGAGGCUGUCUUCUUCAAGACAGAAGCUGGAAGUUCAGAAGCACUUAAAGAGGCUCAAUAAGCCUCCUGUUAAAACAAUUAAGGUCAGAAAUGGGGGUGGACUAAAUCUUAUAGUUUCUCCAUGUCUGUCUUCUGUAAGCCCAGAUGGAGAUAUCAUUGACUGUGUUCACAUCUCUCAUCAGCCAGCUUUAGAUCACCCUUUUCUCAAAGACCACAAAAUCCAGGCAAGGCCUAGUUAUCAUCCGGAAGGCCUUUUCGACUUGAACGAGAUGUCAGCAGUUCAUAAAGAAAGACCAAACACAAUCACUCAGCUAUGGCACAUGAAUGGCAGGUGCCCAGAUAACACUGUCCCAAUAAGAAGGACAAAAAAGGAAGAUGUGUUAAGGGCAAGCUCUGUGAAAAGCUAUGGCAAGAAAAAGCACAAAAGCAGCUUCCUUAAGCCAAGGUCGGUCGAACCCGAUUUCACAACGCAAACUGGUCAUCAGCAUGCUAUAGCGUAUGUUGAAGGGGAGAAAUAUUACGGAGCAAAAGCAACCAUUAAUGUCUGGGAGCCGAAAAUACAACAGCCUAAUGAGUUCAGCUUGUCUCAGAUUUGGAUUUUGGGUGGUUCUUUUGGCCAAGAUCUUAAUAGCAUUGAAGCUGGCUGGCAGGUCAGCCCAGAUCUUUAUGGUGACAACAACACAAGACUCUUCACUUAUUGGACUAGUGAUGCAUAUCAAGCAACGGGAUGUUACAAUCUUUUGUGCUCGGGAUUUAUUCAAGUCAACAGUGAUAUAGCAAUGGGUGCAAGUGAGAGUGCUUCUAUGAUUGAGUGGGGAGGUGAAGUCGUGAACUCGGAGCCUAACGGACAACACACGUCAACUCAAAUGGGCAGUGGUCGUUUUCCAGAAGAAGGUUUUGGAAAAUCGAGCUAUUUUCGAAACAUUCAAGUCGUCGAUGCCUCAAACAACCUUAAGUCCCCAAAAGGGCUUGGGACUUACACAGAGCAAUCCAACUGCUAUGAUAUCCAAACAGGGUAUAAUGGUGAAUGGGGGAGUUUUUUUUACUAUGGUGGGCCUGGUCUAAACUCUAAUUGCCAAUAA